CGUAGCAAGCAGUGCUUGUGUGCACAACACACUGUCACUCGACCCACCUGUCAAACGACACUGCAAAUUGAUAAAUACACAAGUCAUUCGCAUUCGCAAACUGUGCCUCUGUUUUUCUUUCCUGCCUUCAAAAUAUCCGAAACCCUGUUUUGAUUGUCCUACACGGAGCGAAGUGUCAAAAAGGCAUUUCCACGGCAACGCGUUCACACACUAGCAACAAACUGCAGCGCCUACUGAGUAACAAGAUGAAGCCGACCGGCGAAGUGCUGGCCGCUCUGCGAGGUCUGAUGGCCAAUCUUCCGAAGGGACUGGGAUCGAUCAAUGCGUACAUCAUUCCGUCGGACGACGCCCACCAGAGCGAGUACCUGGCAAAGCGGGAUGAAAGAAGGGCGUUCAUCAGUGGGUUCGACGGAAGUGCUGGAACGGCGGUCGUUACCGAGAAGGAAGCUCUGCUGUGGACAGAUGGUCGGUACUUCCAGCAGGCCGGUAAGCAGCUUGACUCCAACUGGACGCUGAUGAAGGACGGUCAGCCGACGACGCCCUCGAUCGACGCAUGGCUUGCUAGGGUGCUCCAGCCGGGGUCCAAAGUAGGCGUUGACGCCAACCUUAUCUCCACUCGUGCCUGGAAUCCGCUGAACACCUCUCUCAAGUCUGCGGGAUGUUCGCUGCUUCCGAUCAGUCCCAACCUGAUCGAUCUGGUCUGGGCGGAUCAACCGGCAGCUCCGCAAGCUUCGAUCAUUCCACUGGAGCUGGAGUUUACCGGAGAAUCAGUCGCGCAAAAGUUGGCGGCCGUCCGCGAAAAGAUGCAGGACAAACGGGCUUCCGUGCUGGUCGUCAGUGCCCUGGACGAGAUCGCGUGGUUCCUGAACUUGCGCGGUUCCGACAUCGACUACAAUCCGGUCUUCUUCUCGUACGUCCUCGUAACGCUUGACGAUCUGUACUUUUUCGUGGACGAGUCCAAGCUGUCCUCCGCCGUCAACGACCACUUCCGGACGAACCAGGUGCAACCGAAGAUCCAGCCGUACGGAGCGGUCCACGAGGUCCUCAAAAACCUCGCCGAAUCGGCCUCAACUCGUCGCGUCUGGAUCAGCUUGGGCUCUAGCUACGCCCUGACCGCGUUGAUUCCGGAGGAAAAGCGCCUCCACGAGAUUACCCCGAUCAACCUGAUGAAGGCCGUCAAGAACGAGGUCGAGGCCGAAGGAAUGCGCGAGUGCCACAUCCGGGACGGCGUUGCCCUGUGUCAGUACUUUGCCUGGCUGGAGCGCUGCAUCCGGGAUGGAAAGCCGGUGGACGAAAUCACCGGAGCGGACCAGCUGGAGAAGCUGCGCAGCCAGCAGGACAAGUACAUGGGACUCAGCUUCACCACCAUAAGUGCCUCGGGACCGAACGGGUCCGUGAUCCAUUACCAUCCGCUGCCGGACACGAAUCGACCGAUCUGUGCCAACGAGAUGUACCUGUGCGAUUCCGGUGCACAGUUUCGUGACGGAACCACCGACGUGACCCGCACCAUGCACUUCGGAACGCCGUCGGAGCAGGAGAUCAACGCAUUUACCCACGUGCUCAAGGGCCAGAUCGCGCUCGGAACGGCCAUCUUCCCGCGCAAGGUCAAGGGCCAGUUUCUGGACACGAUCGCACGGAAGGCUCUGUGGGACGCAGGGCUGGACUACGGGCAUGGAACGGGCCACGGAAUUGGGCACUUUUUGAACGUGCACGAGGGUCCGAUGGGAAUUGGAAUCCGGCUCAUGCCGGACGAUCCCGGUCUAGAGGAGAACAUGUUUUUGUCGAAUGAACCCGGUUACUACAAGGAGGGCCAGUUCGGCAUCCGCAUCGAGGACAUUGUCCAGGUGGUGUCCACCAACAUCGGGGACAACUUUGACGGGCGCGGAGCGCUGACCUUCCGGACCGUGACCAUGUGUCCGAUCCAAACGAAGCUGAUCAACGUGAAGCUGCUGACGGAUAGGGAGCGCAACGCGCUCAACAAUUACCACACAACGGUUUGGGAAACGCUGUCACCCCUGCUGAAGAACGUCAAGGACGCCGAAACGUUGGCCUGGUUGGAGCGCGAGACGCAGCCGAUUUGAGAGAUUUAGAUGAGUUUUUGUUUAUUUUUCUUGCUUUGAUAGCGGAUUGUAUUCUAAAAUAUAAUUGAAUAAAAGAGAUGAUUUAGAAGAAA